CAGGAUGGUUGGGAAAAACCGAGUACGACGGAGGUACGGAGUUGCGGUGUAUGCUGACAGUACAAGGUUUCAAGGAUCCCGAUGUGCUCGAGAUAGUCAACGCUGGGAAGACCCAGAGUCCGACAUGUCCGCGACAGGGAAGGCGACUGUCGUACAGUUGGUGGCCUCAGCUCGUUUUCCGUUGGUCUUGGGAGAUAUCCGUGGGGCAUUCCUGGAGGUCGACCCGGAGGAACGACCAAAUGGACCUGUGUUCGUAGCUGCUCGCAGGAACCAUACACCUAAGGGACACCAUCCAGACCAACUCUACGAGCUUGUGAAUGGCUACGGUGGCGUUGACCAGCCACAGCGGUGGUUUUCAACAUUUAAGCGCUACGCCGAGAAAUUGGCUUCAUAGCCCAUCCUCUCGAUGCGUGUUUGUUCAUGAUAUUCGAGCCUGUGCAGGCCAGGCAGACUGUACCCGCGGUACCUGCGUGUGUGCCGAUCGGGUCCUCUCGAGGACCACCGGGGGCGGUACGUGGGCUUGACAAUAAAACUGUGUGCUGCGAAUGAUAGUAAGGCGUUGCCGACGGAGUCGUCGCUGAUUCGAUGAAUCAGGCUGGCAAUUGGCUGGCUGGGCAGUCAAGGCCUGAUCUUUCGUGCCACGUUAGCAAGAACCAACACGUGCUGCCGCGUCCGACAGUGAAGGAGAUAAAAGGUGCGAACGUGGUGGUGCGUCGUGCUCGUCAGCAUAAGGAUCUCGCGAUGCGGUCUUUCUCCAUUUCGUUCCAUGGGCUCAUGAUGAUGAUUCACACCGACUUCGCCAAGGGUGAAACCGACGGUCAAAGACGACCCAGGGCGGCUAUGUACUGAGUGUGACGACACCUGGAAUGCAGCGGGGACAGGUAUCACCGUGAGAUCCUUUGAUAUGGCGGAAUUACCGACUUAAGAGGGCCAUGCGAUCAUCCCUGGGUGGUGAGGCUUCUGCACUGGCCGACGGUUUGGGACAUCUGGAGUGGCGAUGUGUUUCUUUGCAGGCGCUAUGUUUCUGCAGUUUACCUUCGAGAGUAGGUCUGAAUUUCCGAGGGGCUUCGAGACAAAUUGCGAUCAUAGGCGCCAAGUCAGGAUAUGAUCAUAUCAAUAAGCUCGGGCCCCCCGGGAACUCUUGAGGAUAGGAAAUGUGCUGUGGAGCUCAUGAUUGCCCGGCAGGCCCUUCAGAGGUUCGGAGGCUAUUUGAGGUGGGGCCCGACGUCCUUGAUGUUGGCCGAUGCUCUGACCAAGGAGAAGGCCGACGCCCAUGACUUACUGAGAGCAUGUAUUCGAUCAGGAGUGUAUCAGUUAACAGAUGAAUCGGUGACCUUGGAGGAGGCAGCAGCUGAGAGAGAAAAAGAGACAGAGAGAGAGAGAGAAAGACAGAGAGACAGCGUCGUCGCCUCCGUAGGGAAGUUUCGCCAAGCGAGUCCUUGAGGGAGACCGCAGUGCCUGUGGCUAGCAUCCGAAAUUAUCAGAUGGAUGGGCUUGCUGCAAGUGCAGACUCUCGAACGGUGCGCAGUCUUCACCAGAGCCUGACAGAUGCCGAGACGAACUGCCCAAAAAUGAUGAACUGUGUGGCGGCGGCGACGCGAGUGACCGUCAAAGUACCUGCUGGUGUGAUCGACAGCGGCCUGAAGCAGAAUUUGCACUCGAAGGUGACAUUGAGCUACCACAGCAACACCAAUUAAUUAUGUCCAGGUGAUGUGUCCGGCGUCCAUCGAGGACGCGAUAGUGAGCCAUGUGGCGGAGUUAGAGCGCAGCUGUCAUGACAAGAUCGUGAACCACCCAUCCUGCAAGAUGGAGAUGCCCUUUGGAAGCGAGCACCUGAGCAAGGUCAUGAGAUUCCCGCCAGGGGAGGUCGCAGGCCAGGGGACUGCGACGGAGAGCGCAGCCGAGCAUGAGGAGAAGAGUUUCGUCAAGAUCGGGAGACCGGAGAUUCCUCAGGAUGACUCGGCCUACCAGGCGGCCAUCGUUCUCACGGCGGUACCGGUCACAGGGAGCCUGUCAAACCACCCGGACCAGCGGGGCGCUCUGCUGAAGGUGAUGAGGGAGUCGUUCGGUUUGGAGUUGACGGAAAUGGAGACGGAGCAGAACUCCUACGACGGUCGCUAGGACUCCGUGGGGCCUGAGGACCGGGGCCCGAUGAUGAUGAUGAUGUGUCUUGAGUGAGGUAGAGGGCCCGGCAGCAGGCAACUAGAACUGGGAGUGAAUGUGAAAUGCAAUGUACAUGUGCUGGAUUGCCUGCUGCAUAGUGUGUUCGCGUGUGCUCGCCCAUCCGUGCCCCUCUCUCCCUCGCCUGCCGCUUCCAUUCUGGCCCAGACCAAUCUUGGCAAGCCUAUCGGAGAUGCUCGCGCCUGGGGCAGCGCGAGGCAGAAAGGGAUAGCUUCAGGGAAGGAUCGGUC